UAACCCAGGGCGGACGGGGCGGAGACGUUUGCGGGGAGGCGGGACUUCCGGCGCAGCCCAGGUCCUGUUUCCGGCGUCAUCAGGCCGCUUCCCCGGCGCUCUGGGCUCCCCCGGCAAGGACGCUGUGGAGGGACGCGGCCGUGCUGGUUUCUCCGCUAGCCGGGCCUUCGCCUUUGCUGAGAACGGCUCUGCGAGCCCGGGAAUGAAGGAUGGCAACACGCCGUGCAUUAAAAGCUGUUUUGGUCGAUCUCAGUGGCACACUUCACAUUGAAGAUGCAGCUGUGCCAGGCGCACAGGAAGCUCUUAAAAGGUUACGUGCUACUUCUGUAAUGGUUAGGUUUGUGACCAAUACAACCAAAGAGAGCAAGCAAGACCUCUUGGAAAGAUUGAAAAAACUGGAGUUUGAUAUCUCUGAAGAUGAAAUAUUCACGUCUCUGACUGCAGCCAGAAACUUGGUAGAGCAGAAACAAGUCCGACCCAUGCUGCUGGUUGAUGAUCGGGCUCUACCUGAUUUUAAAGGAAUACAGACAAGCGAUCCUAAUGCUGUGGUCAUAGGAUUGGCACCAGAACAUUUUCAUUAUCAAAUUCUGAAUCAAGCCUUCCGGUUACUCCUGGAUGGAGCGCCUCUGAUAGCAAUCCACAAAGCCAGGUAUUACAAGAGGAAGGAUGGCUUAGCCCUGGGGCCUGGACCAUUUGUGACUGCUUUAGAGUAUGCCACCGAUACCAAAGCCACGGUCGUGGGGAAACCAGAGAAAACGUUCUUUUUGGAGGCAUUGCGGGGCACUGGCUGUGAACCUGAGGAGACCGUUAUGAUUGGAGAUGACUGCAGAGAUGAUGUUGGUGGGGCUCAGAAUGCCGGCAUGCGGGGCAUCUUAGUCAAGACAGAUGAUGGGGCUGGACUGGUCCCUUGUAGCUCUGUGCCAUUUUCCAGUGUGGAGUGUGAUGAAUAAAAUCCUCUCAAGGUAAGGAGAGACAAGGCAUGAGAGCUGUGUGUGGGCGUGUGCUGUUGUGCUGAGAACUUGAUCAGCCUUUCCAGGUAAAAUGAAAAGGUCUCCCCCACACCUGCCGCCAGAGGAUACCUGCUGAGCUUGGAACUAAUAGCACGUGUUUGAGGAUGACAGCCAGGGUUCGGUCCAAGAAUUGGCAUCAGACUCUUAUCAAUUAAAUAGCAGAUAAGGGGUUCUGUGGGCUUCCCUGGUGGCCCAGCAGUUAAGAAUCUGCCUGCCUAUGCAAGAGAUGCGGAAAUCCCUGGAGAAGGAAAUGGCAACCCACUCUAGUAUUCUCGCCUAGAAAAUCCCGUGGACAGAGGAGCCUGGCGGGGUACAGUCCAUGGGAGCGUCAGACAUGAUGUAGUGACUGAACAGUAACAGCAGAAGGCUCCGUAAAUGGCUCUGUGAGUUCAUAUGCCUGGCUUCGUACAGGUUGUCCAGAAAAGCGAGAAUUUAAACAGAGGCAUAGAAGACCUGCCACCAGGAAAUUUUUAGAAAAACGUAUAUUUACUCAUAACUGUGGUGUUUGUUCAAGAAAAUGUGGUUGCAUGAAAGCUAUUUUGAAUUUAAAAACAGAAACAAGAAAACACGAGAUGCUGCUAUAAUUGAAUAAGAAGUACUUGUCAGGCCCUGGCCUCCCAGGUGGCACUAGUGGUAAAGAAUCUGCUUGCUGAUCCAGGAGACGCGAGAGACUCAGGUUUGAUCCCUGGGUCAGGAAGAUCCCCUGGAGUAAGUAAUGGCAACACACUCCAGUAUUCUUGCCUGAAGAAUCCCAUGGACAGAGGAGCCUGGCGGGCUGCAGUCCACGGGGUUGCAAAGAGUCAGACAUGACUGAGCAACUGAACACACACGGUGUGGACCAAGAGGGACAGUCUCCUCGUGCAGGAGGUCCCGGGUGACCAGCGGAACCUUGCGGACGGUGACUCUAGUCGCCUUAGAACUAACAAUGUUUUUGCACAUUUCUCAUUCAAAAUGAUCACCAUUUUCCCUGGAACACCACUCUGCUUUGAUGGACACGAAAAAGAGGACAAUGGGACCUAUCAGGGAGUCAAGAAAAACAGGCACACUCAUCAUCUUGCCUUGUGUCUGAAUUUUCAGAUUCCUGACAUUCACCAUUUUAUGAUCCGGUCAUUGAGGAAAUCCACAGAUAACUACUUCUAUUCUUGCGUUCCCAUGACCAUUUCCUUUCUUAGCGCACAUAAUUAAGGCUUUAUACCAAGUAUGAAAACUGCUCCUGUGCCAGUGUCUUGUGGGCCCAGCUCCCCCUCGCUGGUCUCCAUGGUUCUGCCUUCUUUUCUGACUGGCCAUUGGCUGUGGUCAGCCCAUCGCACAGGCAACUGGUCAAUCUUAGAGAAGCCAGCAGCUCUACACAGUCACAUCUAAAAUGUCUAACUUAGUUAUGUAGCUAAGUUCAGCUCAUGAAAACAGACCCAUUUGUACUGUUCAUCUUUGGUCAGAAAAAAAAAUCCCAAGUAAGACCACUGUUCUGAAAGCGUACAGAGCUGCCGAUUCCACUGAUGGUUUUGAACUGAAUGCAGUGGACAAGUGCUCGGUUUCUCAGUGUUGAAAAUCACCAUGGAAAUUUUAACAUACUCAGUGAUUGUCUUGAGCAAUUUGUUUCUCAGUAACACAUGUUACUCAAUAUACAUUUGUAAAGACUUUUGACUAGCCCUGCUGCUGCUGCUGCUGCUAAGUCACUUCAUGUCCGACUCUAUGCGACCCCAUAGACGGCAGCCCACCAGGCUCCCCUGUCCCUGGGAUUCUC